UUGACUCUGUUGUCAACAUGCACUGAACUUCUAAAGCCACCACAAAACAAAACAUAAAAACAUGCACAAGCUAGGAAAGGCUUUAAAGCUAGGAAAAGAAGAUACCAAAACCUUCCCACCAAUCAGAGAUAAAGAACCAGUUUUUUUUCUGCAGCAGUUCCCUCCCUCACAAACCUUGCCAACCUCAUCUCCUCCCUCUCAAGUUUCACCAAAUCCAACAUAAAAUUCACACAACAUACCCCACAUGGGUUGAAUUGAUCUUCUUCAUCCAUCAAAUCUGAAAUCUCCAUGCCUAAUUCCCACAACCAUGACCAUGUCCAUGAGGCAGAACAUCAUCAUCAAAUUAGGCCCAGAAGAAGAUUAGUCACUCACCAACAUGGUGGAAACUACACACACCCUUUAAUCUGGAUUAUAGCAAUUCUCUGCACCCUCAUGGCCAUAUCAGUCAUAAUUUUAGGAAUCUUAGUCUUUGUUGGUUACAUAGUGAUUCAUCCCAGAUUCCCUACAAUCAGUAUCCCCUAUGCUCAUCUUGAUCUUCUCAGAAAUGACUAUGCUGGUUUGCUUCAAACCCAGCUCACAAUUGUUGUGAUGGCACAGAAUGGGAAUGCUAAAGCUCAUGCUACAUUCUCUGACCUGAGGUUCAAUCUCAGCUACCAGGGUCAAGAUGUUGCUACGCUGGUUGCUCAUGAUCCCUUUGAUGUUCCCAAGAACAAUUCAAAGUUCCUCACCUAUGUUGUUCAGUCAAAUUCAAUUCCAUUAAACCCUGAUCAGAUGGAGGAAGUGGAUGAGUCUUGGAAGAGGAACAUGAUUGGUUUUGAAUUGAAGGGGAAUGGUAGAACAAGGUGGAGGGUAGGGGCUUUUGGUUCUAUGAAAUUCUCUUGUCACCUUGAGUGUCACCUGAAAUUUCAUCCUUUGAAUGGGAGUUACAUUCCCUCGCGAUGCACCUCUCAAUCGAAAUGAAAUUGAUUCAUUCUCUGUUUUGUUUGUGCAGAAAUUUGGACAUGCACUCUGGUAAAUAUCUGAAUUUGCCUCUGUCCAAGUUCUUCAUCAUGUUCAACUUCCAUUGAUUAAUUAAUUCCUUCUUCUUCUUCUUUUUCUUUCAAGACAUAGAUUUUCACGGGUAAUUAAUAAAAUUGAGUGUAUCUUUUAGAUUCUUUGCUUUUGCAGGAGAUAUUUCAAUCCUGCUAGAUACUCUGCAUAAAUGUAUUCUGAAGACACUCUUUUUAGGAAGCUUAUGGCUUUAAUAAUAGUGAAUGAUUAAUAGAUUAUUCA